GCAAGAGGCAAGACCGCGAGAGCCCCCAUCGACUUGGACCGGACCCCUAGAAAAAGCCGAAAAGAGGUGUGGCCAGAUCGAGCGAGCCCCCGCACGUCGCCACUUCACCGCCCCCACCCAAAAUCGUCUCGAUGGAACCGCUGCGGCGCGUGCUGCGCCUCCGACUCGGACGGCCUCUCGCUAUAAACCCCGCCCACUGAAUACGGCCGUUCCAUUUUUGACUCUAUUCCCCGCUUCCCGAUUCAAGUCAGCGGUUUUUAGGGUUCGAGAUCUCGGCAUCGUGUCGCGGAAGCCAUGGCGGUGAGCAUUCUUUGCUUUCCUAUUGAUUGCUCAUCUCCUCGAGCUUGUGUGCCGUGCCAUUACCGAUCCGGGGCACCUGCUCGCCGUUUUUACUAAUUCGUUCUCGGAGCCGGAGAGCUUGAGAGCUGGUUUUCGACUUGCGGAUUAUGCUCCAGUGAUAGCCGCAUCUCCCCAGCCUGUCAUGGUAGCAAAGAAACAUGGGGUAACUGUUGGUAGGAAGCGAAAGGGGAAACUGGGGCGUCUGUGGAACUGGGAAACUGACGCGCGGGAUGCUCUUUGACAAGCAUGCUUAGUACCGUGAAGGUGAGCAAUGUAUCACUGAAAGCAGCACAACGUGAUAUAAAGGAAUUCUUUUCCUUUUCUGGUGACAUUGUGCAUGUUGAAAUGCAGAGUUUCGAUGAGCUUUCUCAAGUUGCCUACAUUACUUUUAAAGACAAACAAGGAGCAGAGACGGCAAUGCUUCUCACGGGGGCCACCAUAGUUGAUAUGGCUGUAAUCGUCACACCAGCAAAUGAUUAUGAGCUACCAUCUUCUGUUUUAGCUGCUCUUGAGCCCAAAGACACAAAACCUUCUGCCCUUCAAAAGGCCGAGGACAUUGUUGGGACCAUGCUGGCAAAGGGAUUUAUCCUCGGUAGGGAUGCACUGGACAAAGCGAAAGCUUUGGAUGAGAAGCAUCAGCUGACGUCGACUGCCACAGCUAGAGUAUCUUCCUUCGACAAGAGAAUCGGUCUAAGUGAGAAGAUCAGUGUUGGCACUUCAGUUGUAAACGAUAAAGUGAAGGAAAUGGAUCAGAAAUACCAAGUCUCUGAGAAGACAAAGUCAGCACUGGCAGCUGCUGAACAUAGUGUCUCGACUGCUGGAUCUGCUAUCAUGAAGAACAGGUAUGUGCUAACCGGAGCUGCAUGGGUAACUGGUGCUUUCAGCAAGGUCACCAGUGCAGCCAACGAGGCCGGUGCAAAGGCUAAGGAAAAAAUAGCAGUCGAGCAGGAGCACAAGAAUGCUGAGGGUGGACCUGCACAAGCGAACAUCUCAGAGACCCAUGAAGCGCACAGGGGUUUGGACGGCGGAUUCUCAAGGCUACAUGACUCUGAAACCCCUGAAGAUAUCCCCAUCUCUACUGCGAGUGUCCCAGCUGUUACGGAUGAGGAGCCCAGCAAGGCUUCUCCACCAGCUGGUGUUCCUGAAAAGCCAGAAGCUGCGCACGAAUUGGUACUAUAAUUGAUGCGGUUUUGCUUCAUACAUGCAUGUAAAUAGACAUGAAAUGGGAUAGCCCUGGAACUCAUUCUGUGGUCUUGUGGUUGGCAUCUUCAGAUUGAAAACCUCUUUGAAGGUUGAAAGUUAUUGGGAUCUAAAGGAGUUUGCAAUUUGUACCUGGUCUUUUUGAUCAAUUAGUAAUCAGUAUUACCCGGCAGUGGGGAAAUGAACUUUAAUGCUUGUGUAAUUGUACUGUUGUUGGUCAUCUAUUGUUUCCUGGUAUAGUAACUGCUUCUGUUUAAGAAAUUA